CUUUAGCAAUCCUCUUGUCGCGUUGAUCGUUUACUUUUAUUUUGCCGCGUGUGCCUCCAAUGCUACUCUAGUUUGAGGAUUAUAAUUGCUGCUAUUGUUGGAUUAUUUGUUUUCAUGUCCUAGUCUAUAAUUAUUUGCCCCCAUAAUGUGUGUGACAAGUCGACGCCCAUGCCCUUAGGCACACGAUGGCAGACGUUGAAGGGGCGCCGCGCCUAUCCCUCUGCUUUACGCUUCUUGAUGCCAAGCGGCAAUAUCGCAACAGCUUCUCGGGGAAGUCACAAGGGCUUCAAUGACUCAAGGAGUGACAGGCAGAACUGGCAGGACGAGUGUGAGCGGCUUAUCAGUUAAGCGUGUGCCGCCCCGCCGGUACCUGCUGUCAGAGAACUGAUAAUCGUAGCAGCAGCAGCCGCAACAACAGCUUCCCUCGGUCCCCUGCCAACGAAUCCCCCCCAAGACUCUCACUCUCACUCAUCAGAUCGAUGGAGCUCUCUUGGAACUUCAGAUUUGGAGUCGUCAUCCUGGGAGACUCGUUCGUGGGCAAGUCGUCCCUGCUGAAGCGCUACACGGACGGCACGUUUGACGAGUCGCGUCAGUCACCGCUCGGCAUCGACUUCAAGGUGCGCUUUCUGGAUUUCGACCCCGGCGUGCUGAUCAAACUGCUCCUGUGGGACACGGCGGGCCAGGAGAGGUUCAGGUCCAUUGCCAAAUCCUACAUGAGGAACUCAGUAGGUUGCAUCCUGGUGUUUGACCUCUCCCAGCGGCACACAUUUGAGCGGGUGCGGGACUGGCACAAAGAAGUGACGGAGUACGUCAAGCCCUGCACGAUGGUCUUCAUGCUGGUCGGCCACAAGAGUGACCUGCGGGAAAACAUCGAGGUGAGCCGGGAGGAAGCUGAAGGUCUGGUGAAGGAGCUACAUAUGGCAGGCUACACUGAAGCCUCAGCGAAGGAGAACCUCAACGUGGAGCUCGCCUUCGAGGGCCUCACCAGAGAGAUCUACCGGCUGUUUAUGGCUGGCAAGAUCCCAGUGAGGAAUGGCUGGUAUGGCUUGACUGUGGGAACCCCGCUGCGUUUGGAGGAGCCAAUAACUCAGCGGUCGAGGUGCUCUUGUUAGCUGCAGUGCAGGGUUUUGUGUAUUCUUUGGGAUGAGGAGGUGCAAAUACGUCUCCAGAAGCGAUCACCUUUUAGCAGGUAGGAGCUGGAGAGUGGAGCACCACUGCAUGUUCCUGCAUUAGUGCCUGGACCUUCCUCUCCUGCCCGUUUGACCCAGAAUGAGGUCUACAGGCUCGGCCUUACUGCUGUACUCUUGUUGUUUGAAGAUACUUGUAAUUAAAAGAUCAGCCACCGGGAGUGCUGUUCAGAUCUGAAUGUUGUAACAGCCAAUCAUAUUGCACAUUAAGAGACAGGGGUGGAGUCAGCAAAGUCCAGUGUAUCAGUGCCACCCAAAAUGUAAAGUCAGAAUAACUCUUAGUGCCACCCAGUGGCAGGACCCCCAAUACAGGCAGCCUUUGCUUACUCAGCAAAAUGCAUCUGGCAGUCAAUUCUGACUAUGACGCUGUAUGUGCCAUAUAUUUAUGACAGAAAAAAUAAAAAGAUACAUUUUUUUAA